AUGGAUGAACAAUCUAUCAAUUAUGUCGCCUCUAUCGGUAGCACACGAGGCGUCCACACCGAUGCCCUCAUAUCUAGGAUUGAGAAUAUCUUAGAAAAUAUUGUCGACGCACUUAGCGAAAAUCGAGCUCUUACUAUUCCCCUACGAAAUCGACAGUCAGGCAAUGAGGCAUUGAUCCGAUUUCCAGCAAACACGGAAGCCGAAGUAAAGAAGUUCACAUGUCUUCUCCAAAUUCUUCACAUGUGUCACGAGGCGCUUAUUUCCGGUCAUAUCAUCACGAAGAGGAAUAUAUAUUAUCAGAACCCAGAUCUGUUCGGUAGCCAACAAUAUGUAGACAAACUGGUUGACGACAUCGCCUUCACCUUUGGAGUUGGUAGAGAUGCACUAAGUGUUGUGGCCGCAUACAAAGGCCUUAUCGCGGGUAGAACCGUCAUCACAUUAAAAACCAAUUCCAUACUCGAUUGCAGCUCCGAUGAAAACGGUACCCUAAUUCCGCAGUUCGAUGCCAUCCAUAAGUUUGAUAUUGGUGAGGCGAAAUGGGUACUGGUCAUCGAAAAGGAGGCUACUUUUCGCGGACUAGCAGCCUCUAAAUACUUUGAGACUUCAACUGCAGGUGCGGGAAUUCUCGUCACGGGCAAAGGUUAUCCCGACCUUGUUACGCGUCAAUUCCUCCACCGAGUUCACUCGUCUUUUCCUGAAGUUCCGAUUUUCGCUCUCGUCGACUUCGACCCUAGUGGUAUUGAUAUUAUGCUCACCUAUAAACGUGGGAGCCGGAGUCUCGGUCACGAAGAGAACGUCACAGUUCCGGGGCUUUCGUGGCUUGGGCCCAAAAGCUGUGACGUACUAGAUUAUGCCUACUACCGAAAUCCGAUAGAUUCUCCUAGCCAGCCAAACAUAUCCACUCCUCCCUCCAGCCAAGAGUCAUCAUCAUCUUCACAUUCGAGCCACACAUUAUCCGCGGAUGCGCUCGAUGUUUCUUCCCAUUUGACUUAUCUGGACAGACGAAAGGUGGUCAAUCUUCUGGCCAGACUCGAUAGCGAUGGAGGUCAAAACACAGAUGAAGAGUGCUUAAUGCACGAGCUGCAGCUAAUGCUCAUAUUAAACCUUAAGGCCGAGAUUCAAGCAGUAGAUGAUGCUGGAGAUAUGACUCGAUGGUUGGACGAAAGACUAACGGAACAAUUAGCUAUCUCCGAAGUCAACUGA